AUGACGCUGGCACUGGCCAUGUUGUCACGUUCAGUGUCCGCCAUCCCAAACGACCACUUCUUCGAGUACUUCCCCGGGUACGGACCCGGCCUCGCCAGGGUAGCCCAGAACAACUGCAGCAUAGAGAUCUCGGAUUACCACGCCGGUGUCGCCGAAGGCUGCCCCAGUCACGCCGAGUGGCCUCAGUGCAUCUCGGGCCGCGCAGUCGACUGCCUCAUGGAGCACAUGAGCGAGAUGAACAAGGCCAACUUGGCCGCAGCCGGGGUCGUCCUGGGCUUCCUCCCCAGCAUCCUGAGCCUCGUCGGCACGAGCACCGCCGAGAGCGGCAUCCUGUCCAUGCGCAGGCCGCUCCUGGCUCUGCUGCUGGCCGCCGGAGCACCAGUCGUCUCCCCACUGCGCAUGUUUGAGCUCACAAGGGCCGACCAACAUGUUCCAGGAUUCACCGCGGCCAACUACGACGAGGUCUUCAUGGGGCUCUCGGACCGGCUCAGGGGAGAUCAUCCCGGUCGCAACCGCGUAGCCUUGCUCGUAUGCUGUGUGCAGUAUCUCCUCGCACUCGGCGCCGUCGCCAACCUUUACGUCAUGAGCUACGAGCUCAGCGUCAAGGCAGUCUGCAGCUUUGCCACGGACACCACGUACCAUCCGCUCCUUUGGGCAGUCAUCGCCCUCGCGAUUCACGGCGGCGGUGCUGUGGCCAUGCGGCUGCGAUAUCGCGACACGGGCACAGCCGGAGAUGGCUUUAGAAGGCUCGUGGCAGACGAGGAAGCCGACGCUGCCUCAGCCGGGAACAACAGGAACCACAGGAACAACAACCGGCACAACAACAGGCGCAACAAGAAUCUCGUCCACCGCGUCCGAUCCUUCAUCUACCACGAGUUCACGCCGUCAAUCAUCCAGGACCCCACGCUCACUCUGUCUCUGCGCCAACCGCGCCGCCCGCGCGGGGGACGCCCAUCGACGUCGGUCCUGUUCAUCAUCCUCCUCUGCGGCAUCUCCCUCGGCACGAUCCUGCACGUCAUCUACGGGACGCUGGUCAUGUCGAGCACCAUGUUCAUCAACACGGCGGACGCGAUCGUCCUUGCGGCGCGCUAUCUCGUCUCCACGAUUGCGUGUCGUGCGGUCAUGGCUUUUGAGAUUGGGGGCAUGGUGACAGCCCGGCCGCCGCUCGGAUCUGGAGAGCCGAAGCGUGGAGAGGGCAGUGAUCGAUAG